GCAUAUCGAUCAUCCCUACAACAAAUCUUUCACAUAGAUCCCUCAUCACCAACCUCCACGACAAGAACUUCGAGCAUCAUCAUCAUCAUCGGAAAGGAUGAUGUUAGGGUGGGACGACGUGUACAAGGUGGUCGUGUCGAUGUUCCCGCUGUACGUGGCGCUCAUGCUCGGCUAUGGCUCCGUCAAGUGGUGGCGCCUCUUCACCCACGAGCAGUGCGACGGCAUCAACCGCUUCAUCGCCCUCUUCAUCCUCCCCCUCUUCGGCUUCGAGUUCACCGCCCACAUGAAUCCGUACGCCAUGAACUUCGGCCUCCUCGCCGCUGACGCUCUGUCCAAGCUCACCACCCUCGCGGUCCUCGCCCUCUGGGGGAGGUUCAGCAGCCGGGCGAGCUACAGCUGGUGCAUCACCACGUUCUCGCUGUGCACCCUGACGAACCUGCUCAUCGUCGGCGUGCCGGUGAUGCGGGCCAUGUACGGCCAGUGGGGGGUCGACCUGGUGGUCCAGCUGUGCAUGCUGCAGUCCCUGGUUUGGAUCCCUCUGCUUCUCCUGUUUCUCGAGUUCCGAAAGACGAGGGUGACGGAUUUGGCCGCUCCUCCGUCUUCUCCUCCUCCCGAAAACAACGGUGUCGCUGAUGAAGACAGGGACGUAGAGACGAGUGCUGCGGAUGCAAGUGAAGGCGGUGACGAUCAUCCUGAGAAGAGGAGCUAUUGGUCAUUCGCAAGAGUGGUGUGGAUGAAGAUGGCCACGAACCCUAACGUGUAUGCCAAUGUUCUCGGCCUCGCUUGGGCUCUCAUGGCUAGCAGGUUCAAAUUCACUAUGCCGAGCAUCAUGGAAGGUUCGGUUGAGAUCAUGUCGAAAGCGGGGACGGGCACGGCCAUGUUCAACAUCGGGAUAUUCAUAGCAAUGCAAACGAAGGUGAUAGCUUGCGGAACGGGACCCACGGUUCUAGGAAUGGUGUCGAGGUUCUUGGUUGGGCCCGCAAUUAUGGCCCUUUGCUCUCUUGCAGUGGGCUUGCAUGGGCCUGCUUUACGUGUCGCCAUCAUUCAGGCGGCACUUCCGCAGGCCAUAGCUUCGUUCGUGUUCGCCAAUGAAUACGGGUUGCAUGCGAACGUCCUCGGCCUUGCGGUGGUGUUUGGCACGGUGAUUUCCCUUCCGCUGCUGAUUGGCUACUACAUUGGCUUGGAAUAUGCAGCAUAAGAGCAGAGAUUGUUAAUUAAUUACUAAAUAAAGAUAUCGUUUGCUCGUGUAAAUUGAUUUUAUCUGAACUUGUUAUUCCAUUCAUGGUUUUAAUUUGUGCAAGUGCUCUAGAGCAAUGGAGAAACUGAAGAGGAAUUGAGAAAUCUAAAUGAGA